AUGAAUUCAUAUUUAAUCAAAUUAAGAAAAAGAUUUGAUUAAUAUUUAUAUAGUUUGUUUAAAGGCCCUAGAGAUCAAGCCUUGGUCUCAAAAAGGGGUAAAAUAUAUAUUUAUCUAAGCCAAACUCCAGAGGGGAUUGAGAAAGCAAAAGUCAUCAAUCUAUUAGACUGCUCUAAAAAAAAGGGACCCUUACAAUUCAAAUUUUCGAAAGUGCUUUCUUGACAAGAAAAUGCUUCUUAGGAGAUUGUUUAAAAGUUCUGAGUAUAAAAUCUGA